CAAACAUUAUUAAAACCUAAACCAUAAUUCGCUUGUUUUUCUUCGACAAAUCAAAGGUUUUCAUUACGAAUCGUUCAACCUUCGUUUUAUUUUCUAACGUCGAAAAUUCGCUUUCAGUUUCACUUUUCAAACGUUGCUAAAUCUUUGAGAAUAUUCUCGAUUCUCGUAUCCCUCUCCACAACCAUGGAACAAGUUUCUGUCAAACAAGAACAACAACAAUUCGACACAACUUCUGAAAGAAGAAGACAAAGAAGAAACUCAAAUUCACCCGCUCCGAUACCUGACUCGGUCAUCGAACUCAGUGAUUCCGAUUCCGAUGUUGAUUUAGAUUCGGUUGUUGCUACCGCUACGGCGGAAAGUCCUUCUAAGAAAAGAAAGGUUAAUGACAAAGGUGGUGCUAUUUUACCGGCGGGAUUUCUCAGUCCUCUUGCUCCUUCUCCUUCUCCGGCGUCGACGCCGGUGAAUAAUGGUGUUUUGUCUUUGCCUGCGCCUGAAUGGGCUUCUACAUCGAACCGGUUGAAUAAAAGUGUUAGCUUUAGUCUUAAGGGUUGUAAGCAGUUUUGGAAAGCCGGUGAUUAUGGUGGUUCUCCUGCUCGUGCCUUCGAAUCUUCAACCGUUGGUAUGGAUCAUGUCAGGGUUCACCCGAAGUUUCUACAUUCUAAUGCCACAAGUCAUAAGUGGGCUCUUGGAGCUUUUGCUGAGCUUUUGGACAAUGCAUUGGAUGAGGUUUGUAAUGGUGCCACAUAUGUAAAUGUAGAUAUGCUUGCGAGUAAGAAAGAUGGCUCCAGGAUGUUGCUAGUAGAAGAUAACGGCGGUGGGAUGGAUCCUGAUAAAAUACGUCAAUGCAUGUCACUGGGAUAUUCCGAGAAAAGCAAGAUGGCAAAUACAAUUGGACAAUAUGGAAAUGGCUUUAAAACAAGUACCAUGAGGCUUGGAGCAGAUGUUAUUGUGUUCUCCUGUUGUCAAGGAAAAGAUGGGAAGAGGCCUACACGGAGCAUAGGCUUGCUGUCUUAUACAUUUUUGAGGAAUACAGGGAAGGAAGACAUUGUAGUGCCCAUGCUGGACUACGAAAAAGAUGGACAGGGAUGGAAAAAGAUGUUGCGAACUUCUCUGGAUGACUGGAACAAUAAUGUUGAAACAGUAGUUCAGUGGUCACCAUUUUCUGAUGAGGCCGACCUUCUUUGUCAGUUCAACCUGUUGAAAAACCAAGGUACACGGGUAAUUAUAUACAAUCUCUGGGAGGAUGACCAAGGUCAGCUGGAACUCAAUUUUGAUGAAGAUCCACAUGAUAUUCAAAUACAAGGUGUAAAUCGAGAUGAGAAAAACAUAAAGAUGGCCCAAGAUUAUCCCAACUCCACUCACUUCUUAACUUAUCGACAUUCACUGAGGAGUUACGCUUCAAUUUUAUAUCUGAGGAUUCCUCAAGGUUUCCGAAUUAUUCUUCGUGGGAAAGAUGUUUUGCAUCACAAUAUAGUCAAUGAUAUGAUGUAUUCUCAGGAGGUCACGUACAGGCCUCAAUCUGGAGUUGCUGACGGGCUUCUAAAGGAUUCAAAUAUGGUUGCUACUGUUACUAUCGGAUUUGUCAAGGAUGCAAAACAUCAUAUUGAUGUUUCAGGGUUUAAUGUUUAUCAUAAGAAUCGACUCAUCAAGCCAUUCUGGAGGAUCUGGAAUCCAGCAGGAAGUGGUGGCCGUGGGGUCAUAGGUGUGUUGGAAGCCAACUUUGUUGAACCUGCCCAUGACAAGCAAGGCUUUGAACGUACAUUAGUUUUAUCAAGACUGGAGCAACGGCUUAUACAAAUGCAGAAAACUUACUGGGGAGCUAACUGCGAUAAAAUUGGAUAUACUUCGCAUCGAAAUAGAAAGCAAAACGGUAGUUCUGCUGGUAAAGGUUUGUGGACUUUAUUUGCUGUAGAAUCUUUCAUAUCAUGCUUGCUCAACAAUGUAACUUGUUUUGUAGAGGCAUCUCCCGAUUCUGUUCCAGAAUCAUCUCAAUUGAAAAGGAAAAGUUCGGCUACAAAUGGCAAGGCAACAACAUUCACAUCAGACGAUUCACACUUGAAAGAGAAACGUUUACGAACAGAAACAAAAAGAUACAGUGAACACAGAAAUGGCCACUCAUCAGUUUCCCCUAUAAGUAGGAACCAAAGUUCAUCAGAACAAUCAUCAUAUGCUGAUGAUGAAAGUGAUCAAGAUUGUAAUGUCUCAUCAAAGAACCAAGCAAAGGGUGAUAGUCAAAAGAUAUCCAGUGCUGGAAAGUCAUUUGGGAAGGAGUCUACACAAGGAUCUAACCCAAAGGGAAAAGAUGUUCGUGAGCAACCAAUGGCCGAUUUAUCAUCUCUAGAACAGCUAAGAAAAGAGAACCACGAGUUGAAGGAGAGAUUAGAGAAGAAAGAGGAAGAAAUAGGUGAAGUAUUGCAAGCUUUAGACGCGGAGAAAGAUAAGUGCAAAUCUCUGGAAACCCAGCUCCGUGAGUCAGAACAGAAGUUAGAAGACUUGAACACGGAACAAGAAACUCUUAUUGAUGUUUUCUCCGAAGAGAGGGAUAGACGUAAUGCUGAAGAAAAAAGUUUGCGAAAGAAGCUUCAGGAAGCAUCAAAUACCAUCCAAGAGCUGCUUGAGAAGGUUAGAUCACUUGAAAGGAAGUCUUCAAGUCAAAUGGCAAAGUAGAACGAUGAAAGCCUUGUUAACUGCAUUCAUUUGGCCUCCGAGUGGUGCAUCUAUGGUGGCAUUGGGAGCCUAAUUUUUUUGGUUUGCUAGUUUAAUUUUUUAGGAAGUUCCUCACUAGAGAGAGAUAUGUAGGAUGAAACCAUUUAGAAUAAUAUUACUGUAUAUGUUUUCUGCUUGACAUUUUACUACUAACACUAAAAUUUUCUGGCCCAGUAGAUAGUAAUGACUUGUUGGCUAAUUGAACAAUAUUCUUGGAAUAGUUGGAUCUUUCCUUAACUGUAGAAACUAUAUUCACUUAAACUAAGAGUUCAAUAUUAA